AGCAUUAUUUUUGCACUGGACUCACAAGUCCAGUCCAUAGUACUGGUGUCUGCAAACUCUUUGCUGGUUUCAACUUUGCUGGAUUUUAUUUUCUUCUGUACACUGUUUCCAGGUCUGCCCCAACUGCAUUAUCCUACACCCAGUGUAAGAGGUGAACAGAGGUGGCAGAAUGUCUUUGCCCUUCUACCAAAGGCACCAUCAUCACUAUGACCGUGGUUACCGCAGCACAGACUUACAGUCAACUCUGAGCCAGUACCAACAUGAAGAGAAGCGUCGAUCUGCCUCUCACAGCAGCCAUCUUGGCCUCAAGUCAUCUUACACAAUGAGAGAAGAUAGAUCACAAAAGCUAAGUCCCAGGGCAAAAAGAUCAAAACAUGUAAUCCCAUUUGAAGACAAAGAGAAUGAAGACGUUGACUAUGUGGUUCCUUUAUUUAGAGGACGUCAUGAAUACAUGAGUGGAAUAACUGAUACUGAAGAACAGAGAAUUAAGGAGACUGCAGGUUACGUAGCGAGAAGGAAUCUGUUUGCCACUGGAGAAGGAAUAAGUAUGUCAAGAGCUACUUCUUCAUUAUCAGAACAUUCAGAACACUACCAGAAAAAAUCAAGAAGUGUCGAGAUAAGGGAAAAGGCUGAGCGACUUGCGCUGAAAAAGACGUUAGAUGACACCGAGGAAUUUCACAGAAAGAUAAACGAAGAUAUGCUUUUACACGCUCCCAUAUUUAUCAUCAAGCCCCGUUCCCAUACAAUCUGGGAGACGCAAAGUAUCAAACUUCACUGCACAGUGAGUGGCUGGCCUGAGCCCCGUGUCACAUGGUACAAAAACAACGUGCCCAUAGAUACCCAGACUCACCCCGAGAAGUACAAGAUUGAAGGUGGAUAUGGAAUUCACUCCCUGGAGAUAUUCAAAUGUGAUUUUGAAGACACAGCUCAGUAUCAUGCCUCGGCUAUGAACGUAAAAGGAGAGAAUUCAGCAUAUGCCUCCAUUGUGGUAAAGAGGUACAAAGGAGAACUGGAUCUCAGCGAUUUCCCACCCAAGAGUACACCAUUCAGCUUUAGUGUCACUCCAUACGGCUUUGCUUCCAAAUUUGAGAUUUAUUUUGUUGACUCGUUUGGAGUGUCAUUUGGCAAAGAGGGUGAGACGCUGAGCUUGGGGUCUAAAGUCAUCAUUCAUCCUAAAAUCAAACGCUUUCAACCUGAGGUUCAAUGGUACAAGAACGGAGUUCUGCUCACCCCUUCCAAAUGGAGAAACAUGCACUGGAGUGGAGAACAUUCAUCCCUGACUCUUACCCACCUGAAUAAAGAAGAUGAAGGCUUAUAUACUCUUCGGGCCGUCAUGGGUGAAUACUAUGAACAAUACAGCGCUUAUGUAUUUGUCAGAGAUGCUGAAGCAGAGGUAGCUGGAGCCCCGGCUGCACCCUUGGAUGUGGAGUGUCUUGAUGCUAACAAGGACUAUGUUAUCAUCUCCUGGAAGCAGCCAGCUGUUGAUGGUGGAAGCUCCAUUCUAGGAUACUUUAUUGACAGAUGUGAGCUUGGAACCCAACACUGGACCCAAUGCAACGACACACCAGUCAAGUUUGCCCGUUUCCCAGUGACUGGAUUAAUAGAGGGCCGUUCCUACAUAUUCCGCGUGAGGGCUGUGAAUAAAACUGGCAUUAGCAGACCAUCCCGUGUGUCAGAGCCAAUCGCUGCCCUGGAUCCAGCUGACAGAGCCCGAAUAAAGUGUCGCCCUUCUGCUCCAUGGACUGGGCAAAUCAUUGUCACAGAGGAAGAGCCCACUGAGGGAGUUAUUCCUGGCCCCCCAACUGAUCUCAGUGUUACUGAAGCCACCAAGAACUAUGUGGUGCUUAGCUGGAAACCACCAGGUCAACGUGGCCAUGAAGGUGUCAUGUACUAUGUUGAAAAGUGUGUUGCUGGAGUAGAUAACUGGCAAAGAGUCAAUACAGAGAUCCCAGUUAAAUCCCCGCGUUUUGCACUUUUCGAUCUGGCAGAAGGGAAAUCAUACAGUUUCCGUGUGCGUUCCUGUAACUCUGCUGGGGUCGGGGAGCCUUCUGAAGCCACUGAAGCUACUGUAGUAGGUGACAAGCUUGAUAUCCCAAAACCUCCAAGUAACAUUAUACCAACAAGAAACACAGACACAUCAGUGGUUGUCACAUGGACUGAGUCGAAGGAUGCCAAAGAAUUGGUUGGGUAUUACAUUGAUGCCAGCAUUGCAGGGUCCGGGCACUGGGAACCAUGUAACAACAACCCUGUAAAAGGCAAACGAUUCGUUUGCCAUGGGCUCCUCACUGGUGAGAAGUAUGUAUUCCGUGUCAGAGCUGUCAAUGCGGCAGGACUCAGUGACUACUCAUCUGAUUCUGAGGCCAUAGAAGUCAAAGCUGCUAUAGGGGGAGGAUUGCCUCAUGCAAUCCCAUCUCCACCUUAUGACAUCACCAUCCUGGAAAGUGUUCGCGACUCUAUGGUAUUAGGAUGGAAAGAACCCAAAAUUACAGGAGGUCUGGAUAUUAAAGGCUACUAUGUGAACUUCCGUGAAGUCAUUAAUGGUGUUCCAGGAGAAUGGCAGGAGGCCAAUAUUAAAGCCAUUAGCGAAAGAGCGUACAGAAUUCUAAAUCUGAAAGAAAAUAUGGUGUACCAGUACCAAGUGGCGGCUUGUAACCUGGCUGGGGUUGGAACACCCUCACAGCCAAGCAAACCAUUCACAUGUGAGGAAUGGACCAUUGCUGUGCCAGGACCUCCACAUCAGCUCACAAUGAGAGAGGUCAGGAGCACCUCCAUGGUUCUUCUUUGGCAGUCCCCUGUGUACACCGGUCGAAGUCCCGUUACAGGCUUUUAUAUUGAUAUUAAGGAGGCAGAUGCAGGAGAUGAACACUGGAGAGGUGUCAAUGAAAAACCAACUGCUAACAAAUACAUUAAGAUUGCAGACCUACAGGAAGGGGUCCGUUACGUCCUGAGAGUGAGGGCUGUAAACCAGGCAGGCGUUGGCAAAUUAUCUGAUCUAACAGAUCCUGUUCUGGCUCAGACCAAACCAGGUACCAAAGAAGUUGAGGUGAUUGUUGAUGACAAUGGUAUCAUUUCUUUGAACUUUGAAUGUGAUCAGUUAACUCCAGACUCAAAGUUCAUAUGGUCCAAGAAUUAUGAACCAAUUGAUGAUUCAUCAAGAGUAUCCAUUGAGACCAAAGGUGGCAAAACAAAAGUCACAUUCAAUGAUCCCUCAGAAGAGGACCUGGGAAUUUACUCCUGUGUUGUUACAGAUACUGAUGGUGUUUCAUCCAGCUACACAUUAGAUGCAGAGGAGUUGAAACGCCUCCUUCAACUCAGCCAUGACCACAAAUUCCCAGUUAUUCCCCUUCAAUCAGAAUUAGCUGUUGAGAUUUUUGAGAAAGGACAAGUUCGCUUUUGGAUGCAAACUGAGAAACUUUCUGCUAAUAGCAAGGCCAACCAUGUGUUCAAUGACAAGGAAAUUAAGGAUGGUGAUAAAUACAAGAUGAGUAUGGAUCGUAACACUGGUAUUGUACAAAUGGUCAUGGAGAAACUUGAAGAUGUAGAUGAAGGCACAUAUACCUUCCAGCUACAGGAUGGAAAAGCAACCAAUCAGUCCAGCUUGGUUUUGAUUGGUGAUGUGUUUGAUAAGUUACAGAAAGAAGCAAGAUUUCAGAGACAAGAAUGGUUUAGGAAACAAGGUCCUCAUUUUGUUGAGUAUCUUGGGUGGGAAGUUACCCCUGAGUGCAAUGUUUUGCUAAAAAGCAAGGUGGCUAACAUUAAAAACGACACAAGUAUUUCUUGGUACAAAGAUGAAAGGGAGAUAGUGGAAGAUGAGAAACAUGAAUUUAAAGAUGGUGUUUGUACUUUGCUCAUUACUGAGUUUACUAAAAAAGAUGCCGGUGUUUAUGAACUUAUACUUAAAGACGACAGAGGAAAAGACAAGAGUGUGCUCAAGCUUAAGGAUUCAGCAUUUGAUGACCUCAUGUCAGCAGUGUGCAAAGUUAUUGCCGAGUCUGCCUCUCAACUCAAGAUCCAGAGCAAUGAAGAAGGCAUCAGAUUGUAUACUUUUGUAAAUUACUAUAUAGAAGAUUUGAAAGUAAGCUGGUGUCACAACGAUGCCAAGAUAAAAUACACAGACAGAGUUAAGACUGGUGUCACUGGAGAGAUGAUGUGGCUUCAGAUAAAUGAGCCUACACCAAAUGACAAAGGCAAAUAUGUUCUGGAAAUGUUUGAUGGAAAAACAACACACACAAGGAACGUUGAUCUUUCUGGACAAGCUUUUGAUGAGGCCUUUGCUGAAUUCCAGAGGCUUAAGCAAGCUGCAAUAGCAGAAAGAAAUCGUGCCAGGGUAACAGGAGGUUUGCCUGAUGUUGUGACUAUCCAGGAAGGAAAGUCGCUUAACCUUACCUGCAAUAUCUGGGGAGAUCCAGUACCUGAGGUCACUUGGCUUAAGAAUGAAAGGGAGCUUACUGGAGAUGAUCAUUGCAUCCUGAAAUUUGAGGCUGGGAAGUACGCCACCUUUACCAUCACCUGUGUCUCCACUACUGACUCCGGGAAAUAUGGCAUUCGGGCAAAGAACAAAUAUGGCACUGAGAUAAAUGAUUUCACUGUAAGUGUGUUUAUGCCUGAUGGACCAGAGGCAGAGGGGGAAGCUCAGACUGAUGUUAAGAAAAAAUGAAUCUGGAAUGAAUGAGAAAUUAUGGAGGUUGGGAUGAUGGAAAGUGCUAUACCUGAGUGCUUAAGGGACUGACUUCACUCCUUUAACCUACCUCACUUCUAGGCUGCAUGUAGUCUUUAAAUGAGGCCACCUACCUACCUGGUGUUGCUUCCAAACACUCCCACAUGAUGAUGUUUAGAGUUGAUAUACCUACAUCAAUGAAUUUCUAAAGGAUUUGGAGAAUGUGCUUUUAGUUAAAAUGUCACAAAGCUUUAAAAUCCAUAAACCCUGUGUAGCUUUUGGCCCUCAUUUUGUUGUUGAACUGCAUCCUCCAAUAGCAGUAGGGAGGGAACUGUAGUUCAGUAACAGCUGGAGGGCUUCAGGGUUCUAGAUCGGAUUCAAGUUCCAUUUUUAAAUUUCCAGUUGUCAAAUUUCAAAUUAAAUUCUUAUGAACUAAACUUAAAUAUAGGAUUUUUUUUUAGAGCUUGCCAAUUAUUAAACUAAAGUCUAUGUCAUAUGGUGUGACAUCUGUUAUAUUUGUAAACCUAUAUUUUAAUGCAAGGAAAAAUAUAAUGGAGUAAAAGAAUAAUAGAUGAAAUAAUAGAUUCAUAGGUCCAGUAACCCACAGCAACCUAUCAGAUACAGACUGGUAUAUGCUAGCUGCUGAUUGGUUACUUAGGGCUUACUGGAGCUAACUUUGCACCUGUUAUUAUAUUCCCCCUUACAUUUCAUUCAGCCCAAUCUCUGUGAAGCUCAGUUGGCACGUGCCCGGCCUGGGUAACCGCGAUAAUGCUCCUUGCAGUGUAGUAUAAUAAUAAUAAUACUUGAAUGCUUAUCAGUGGCACAAGAGGAUGAGGUAGGUGAAAGGACAGGGUUUAGCUAGAAAGAAAUGAGUUUGCUUAGCAGAAUAAACCUGAGAAAUUCUUUUAUCAUUUAGCAUUUAUGAAGGUUGAUGAAACUGUACAGAAAAUUUUAAAUGCUUUGUAAAAACAUACUGUAAUAUCACCAUCCUGCUGUAUGUCUUUCAUUAGUGUUAAUUUGUGUCACAUGUAGAAAACCCAAACAAUUCUGUACUUGUCUUGUCGCUGUUCACUAAUAAACAAAAGCACUUAUUUUCCUCUCUACCUCCA